GCGGGAGCGCGGGGUUUGAUGGGAAGGCAUUGGCCAGGCCCAGGGCUCUAUCUGUAGGUGCUGCCUGCUCCAGAGGCUCUACGCGGUGGCGACCCAGGCUUCCCCGAGUGGACGCCGGGGCCGAGCGGCGCCCGCUUUCCUCAGCUGUGACUUCUUUUGGACAACUCAUGGUAUUUAUUAUUGUGCCAAGUUUCUACAAAUAAAAGAUGGGUGGAUUAUUUUCUCGAUGGAGGGCAAAACCUUCAACAGUAGAAGUUCUAGAAAAUAUAGAUAAGGAAAUUCAAGCAUUGGAAGAAUUUAGAGAAAAAAAUCAGAGAUUGCAAAAAUUAUGGGUUGGAAGAUUAAUUAUCUAUUCUUCAAUUCUUUAUCUGUUUACAUGUUUAAUUGUGUACUUGUGGUAUCUUCCUGAUGAAUUUACAGCAAGACUUGUCAUGACACUCCCAUUUUUUGCUUUUCCUUUGAUCAUCUGGACAUUAAGAACUGUGCUUAUUUUCUUCUUUUCCAAGAGAACAGAGAGAAAUAAUGAAGCAUUGGAUGAUUUAAAAUCCCAGAAGAAAAAAAUACUUGAAGAAGUCAUGGAAAAAGAAACUUAUAAGACAGCUAAGCUAAUUCUUGAAAGGUUUGAUCCAGACUCAAAGAAAGCAAAGGAGUUUGAGCCGCCAUCUGCUGGAGCAGCUGUAACUGCAAAGCCAGGACAAGAGGUUCGUCAGCGAACUGCAGCUCAAAGAAACCUUUCCCCAGCACCAACAAGUACUAAUCAGGGUCCUCCUCCACAAGUUCCAGUAUCUCCUGGGCCAGCAAAGGACGCUGCAGCUCCUGGGGGACCGCCAGAAAGGACUGUUGCUCCAGCCUUGCCCAGGCGCCUUGGGUCCCCUGCGACUUCAGUUCCUGGAAUGGGCCUUCAUCCUCCAGGUCCACCUUUAGCAAGACCCAUUCUCCCUCGAGAACGAGGUGCACUGGAUAGAAUUGUUGAAUAUUUAGUUGGUGAUGGUCCACAGAACAGGUACGCCCUCAUAUGUCAGCAGUGUUUUUCUCACAAUGGCAUGGCUUUGAAAGAAGAAUUUGAAUAUAUUGCUUUUCGAUGUGCCUACUGUUUUUUCUUGAAUCCCGCAAGAAAAAUGAGACCUCAAGCUCCACGGCUUCCAGAGUUUAGUUUUGAGAAGAGGCAGGCAGUGGAAGGCUCAAGUUCAACUGGUUCCAUGUUACUAGAAAGUGUGCCCUCACCAGAAAGCCAGCUCAUUGAAGAUUCUUUAGAAGAACAAGAUGUUCUUGAUAAUAGUACUGAGCAGAGAGAUGACAAAAUACCAGUUACAGAGCAGACAAGCCAAGUGAUUGAAGAAACAUCUGGUCCAGAGGAGCCAGAAGAGAACCAAGAAGAGACUGAGAAUGCGGAAACGUCAGCGAAUGAAGCCAAACCACCUGUUCUCAGAGCUGACUCUGUUUCUAAUCUUGAACCAAGUGAAGAAUCUUUGGUGACAAAGUAGUAAAUACUUCAUGUGCCUUCAACUGGAUAUGCUUAGUCUUGUUGAUGCUAGUUACUGCUUUUUUUUUGGUACUCAAGAAAAAUUUGCCUUCUAGUCUAUAUGCUUAAUAUUAUUCAUAUUCAGGUUGCCCAGCAAGUUCAGUGUGUCCAAGUCCUACCGCUGGGAAUUGAAAAUAAAAGCACGUGGUAUCAGUUAAUAUGCAGAGACAUAGCUGUUAGAUACUUUGUGCAUUCUAAAGUUUAAAAAAAAUUGUUUUCUACAUGUAUAACUUGUAAAUAACACCCAUUUUGACAUAGGAACAAAUUUGGCUAGGAAUAAUUUCUUCCAUAGUGUUUAAGGAUUGAAACAUAAUUAAGAAUUUGAAUACUUCAUCAUUAAAUUUUAACUUUGGAGAUAUUUGCCAGUGGGAAGGAAAUAUCUAUUUAGGUGUUUACAUUAAGUGAUGCUGAAAGCUGUAACCUUAAUUACAUAUGCAUUGGUACGGAUUCUCAGUAAGAAUGCAACUAAACAGUCAAGUGCAGUAGUUCUUUUGUUGUCUUAUAUUUUACAACUGGGCCAAAGGCACAUGAUGUAUAUAGUUAGUUUAUGUUUACAUAUUAAUAGGAAAUACAUCUGCACUUGACUGUACUUGAAUUCUUGGUAUUAUUUAUAUUUGUAAUAUAAUGAUGAUAUAUACAUGGCUUUUGUGUGUGUGUGUGUUUUGUUAAGGAAAAUAAAGAUGACAUGGCAGCAUUUUUUCUUUAUUAACUAUCUAGACUUCUUCACGUAGUGUCUUGAUAGAUAACCUUGCUAUCUGAAAAAAAAUCAUGGUAGGGAGAACUCACUGUAGGAUAAAUAGAUAGCAAAUUAUGGUGUUUUUCUUUUCAUUUAGAUUUUCAAAAUCAGUGACAUAAGAGGUUUAGUGUUUCUAAACAGAAGUUAAAUUUUUCUGAUUUUGAAACAUAUUAUGCCAUAGGUCGUUUUUAACUUUGAGAGACAAAAGCAUUUUUCAAAACAAGGCAGUUAAAUUUAAUGAAACUCACUAGAUUGAGUAUGUAUACCAAGCAUAAUUUGGGAAGAUUUUGAUGUACACUAGUUAUUCUUAAAUACAAUAUGAUAAUUUGUUCGAGUUUACUUUUGUGUGUCUUAUAUUGAAACAACUGAAGUGAAUUUACAUCAUUGGGAGACAUGUUACGGUAGUGUGUAUGUUAUAAUAGCUAAAAGAUUAGCCAUUGAAUGUUUAUUUAAACUAAAUAUACUUAUCAUUUAAAAGUUUAUAGGUUGACUUGAUACCUCAUCUAACAUAUAUAAAAGAACCUAGUUUGUUAAUAUUCUGAGUCAUUUUAGUUUAGCACCUGUAAAUUCAAGCAUUUGGAACUGGACUUGAAUGUCAGCUUUGCAAUCUUGGGCAUUUCACUUAACCUCUCUGCAUUUAUUUAAUCUGUAAAAUGAAAAGAAUAAUAUGUUUUUCAUAAGUACUGAGAAGUUAAAAAUAAUUUAUAUGAUGUACCUAUUUUUCUUGCUAGGAAAGGAUCUAAAGGGGCAUAGAUCCUUUGGUAGAUAAUGAAAUUAAAGAAAAUAUGAACAUUCAAUUCAGUUGCUCUGAACAGAAGUUUUCUGCAUUAAUGUCAUAUGCACGUGUCAAUGAUAGAUUAAAGAAAUGGAGAACUAAAACUAGAGUAUAAUCUUUUUUUAAAAAGAUGUGUUUAUUUUUAUUUUAUGAGUAUAAAUGUCUCACUUGCAUAAAUGUCUGUGUUCAACCUGUCUUGACAGGUAUCUGUAGAGGCCAGAUACCUGGGUCAUUUGAAAUGAUAGUUACAGAUGGCUCUGAGCUGCCACAUAGGUGCUAGGGGUCAAACUUGGCUGCAAGAGCAGGAAGUCAUCUUAGCCACUAAGCCAUUUCUCCAGCUUCAUAUAACCUGUUUUGUUUGUAAAUUUUACAAGAUGUGUGUGUGUGUGUGUGUGUGUGUGUGUGUGUAGUACACAUGUGUUAGUUGAACUGCAUUAAGUCUGUUGAAAGACAUCUGAUGUGCACCUCAGAGAAAUGGGAUCUGAUGAUGAAAGCAAGAAGAUAUUAUAUAAAAACAUUCCCCUGAAAGAAAUAUAAAGGGGGAACUAGAGAGGUGUUUCAGUGCUAAGAAUGAGAACUGCUCUUACAGAAAGCCAGGUUUGCCAUUUAGUUCCCAGCUUGGGUGGCUUGCUCUCCUGUAGCUCUAGGUCCAGCAGGUCUAAUGCUGUGUACCUGGCCUCCUAGGACACUAGCCUAAUGUGUGCUCUCUUCCCCACAGAUGCACAUAAUUAAAAAUAAAAAUUCAAAACUUAAAAGGAGCUUAAUAAAAUUAGCACAACAGAUAGGUAAUUGUUGGUGUAUUUUUAAAAAGAAAAUCUUAUUCUGAUAUUAUAUGGUAGACAAUGUCUUAAGUGAAUGAGAUUCCACAUUUCUGAUUAUUCAGUUAGUAUAAAUGAGGGAGAACUUCCCUGUUACAAGUGCUCACUCAGCAUGUUGUUGACGGUCCCUCUCAUUGUGUCCUCCAUGUGGCCUGUAGACAGUUAGCUGCUCUCAGUCUCUCCUGCCCACACCCUUGUACUGUAGCUGUAGGACUCCCACCCACUCCCUUGUACUGUAGCUGUAGGACUCCCACCCACUCCCUUGUACUGUAGCUGUAGGACUCCCACCCACUCCCUUGUACUGUAGCUGUAGGACUCCCACCCACUCCCUUGUACUGUAGCUGUAGGACUCCCACCCACUCCCUUGUACUGUAGCUGUAGGACUCCCACCCACACCCUUGUACUGUAACUGUAGGACUUCCGCCCAGUUCUCUGGCUAUGCUUUGCCUUUUAUGCUUCAUGUGUCAGCUUAAUUUUGUUUUUCUGACAGAGACAGCCUCCUCCUCUUCUGUCUGAAGCUGACCCUCUGCUUUUCAGUCCUGAAUCUGGUCACUUGGUCUUUGCUCUGAGUUCUUUCUGCAGGGUAUUUUGUUCUCCCAUUAACUGUCUUCACAAUUUGCUUUUCUUCUGUCUGCAUGUGGAGACCCUAGCAUUGCCCUGCUCAUUUAUCAUGCGAAUAACAUGCCAAAUCAAGGAACUAUUCAGUACUUAACUCAUGUUAUUGCUUUGCAGAUUGACUUGGUCAAAUGUUCCUUUUCUUUGGGAUACCUUUAUCCUUUAGCUCUGGAUGUGCACUGCCGUGAUCUUCCCUGGCUUCUUGUCCUCAGCGUCCUUUGAAGACUUCCGCCAUCUUUAACUGUUGAUGCUCCCUGGCCGCCUAUUGUCAGUCCUUAUUCUGUGUGUUCAUCCUCUGGGAGCUCUCACCAAGCCCAGGGACUUAAUUACUGUCUGCGAAUAUCAGAUCCCUAAUGUGGUCUGAUUCUUUCUCUUUAUAGCUAUGUAGCUUAUCUAUUUCUUGGACUUCAUAGCUGUGUAUUUAUCCACUUACUGCCCUGACAUUGUGAAGUCAGUGUUUCUUUAAAAAGAACGAUUGUUCAGACUUGUGUGUCAUUUCACCAAAUACUGUCAGUAUUCAAGCCAGAAUUUAAAAUAUAUUCUCUCUUUCUGUCUUCAAAGUGUUCAUUCCCGAUUUCUCUCCCCCACGUCCCCCAUCUCCAGUUGAAUAUUGCAGUGUAGCCCAGCUUGGUCUUGACUCUAUGACUUAAGGCCUCAGAAUCCUGGGUGCUGGAAUCAUUCCCGUGAGUGCCUUGCUGUCCUCUAAACAUUUUACAUUUAUAUUAUUUUCCCAUUUCAUUUGAAUUAAUAAUAAAUCUGCAUUAUUCCAGCAGACAACAUGCUGCCUGCUGUAGGUAUGUGUUUACACGCAAUUUUGUUUUUUGGAGGGAAUGGUCCUGUACAGAUUUUAUAUCUUGAAUGUGGGAAAGAAACAAGAUGUAGAGAGAAUUAGCAGCUUUCUUAGAGGUCUAUAUUGGCAUGUGGGAAGUCUGAGAUCUGACUGUAAGCAGAUCACUUGUGGCAACUUUCCUUUUAGUCAUUGACAUUGAAACCACGGCCUCAUACAUACUAAGCUCUGCUCUGCUGAGCUGUUUCUUCAGCUCCCAAAGCCUUACUGUUAAUUAUCAUUGUAUUGCCUUCUAAUUCCUGCCUCUGCCACCUCACCUUGGUAUGAGAGCUACCUUUCAAAGUGUCUUUGGUCAUGUUCCUUUCCUGUCUGUCUGUACAGUGGGUCCUCAGACCUUUGCAGCUGUCUUCAGUUUCUGUGUUUGAGAGAGGAGAUCUGAAUUACUCUCUCAACUGAUAAAGUCUUCCCAGUUGGCUCUCACAUCAAUUUUUUGCAUUAUAACUACCGUCACUACUACCUCUCCUCCACCUCUCCUCCACCUCUCCUCCACCGUACACAUACUUUCAGUAUACAUAGGUUAUUCUUUUCAGUGCUGCAUAUAUGCAAAGUUUCUCCUAGUUGCCUAUAUUUCUUAAGAUCUUUCUCCUGAAAUAUCUCCUGUUUAUGUAGAUUCCGAAGGAGCUCAACACACAGCUGUUGGGCUGAAGUAGCACCACUUGGAGGCCAAGGUUGGAAAUGUUACUAUUUAUUAAUAAGCUAUAAGUUUUUCAUCAUGUACUCAUUGUGUAUACACACCUUUACCAUAGAAUCAAGUCUAUAGCUGUAUGUGUUACUUAUUUGUGUGUGUGUAUUAUAUUGAACCACGAAUUUUCACUGUUUCAAUAUUAAUAAGUUUGUGAUUUCUUUAACAGUUUUAUUUCUGUGUUCAACUGACAGUCCCUAUCUUAAUUACCAUAUAACGUGUUAGCUUUUUGUGUGUAUCAUUUGAAGGGUAGACUGGGGAGAAGAGCUGUGUUGAGUGGUUGUGGGCAAUGGAACUGCUCUAGGAAGUUAGCAGAAAAAAUGUUUCUAUGUUGUCUAAGAAUUGUAGAAGACAUUAGAUACAGUUCACAAAUGAAAAAACUGUCGAAAAAUAAUGCAAAUACCAUGCAAUAAUGAAUCAGUGUAGAAAUGGUUAUGAUUUGAGACCUUUUAUAAUUUUAUUUCAAGUUUAUUAAAUUUCUAAGUGUUUUAAUACUACUGGCCAACAGAUAAAAAUAUUCUGAAUUUAGACAGACAAUUAUAAAUAUGGAAAAGUUGUGUCUUUGACACAAUAAAAACUAAAAUGAGUGCAGAAUUAAAACCUUAUUGAAUUGCAUCAAUCCACAGGCAAUUAAUUUGUCUCAGCUUAUUUAAACUAAUUAUCAUUUCUUCCUCUUUUUUUAUUUCUUUUUUUUUCUUUGUAAAAACUACUACAUUUAACCUUCUUGGGACCCAAGAGAUGGCCCAGUAGGUAAAGGUACCUGUUGCCAAGUCUUAUGACCUAAGUUUGGUUUCUGAGGCCCACAUGGUGGAAGUAGAGAACCAAUUUCCUCAGGUUGUCCUUUGGCCUCUGUAUGUCUGCUGUGGCACACCUGUGCCCCCCCUCCCCCCACACACAGAUGAAAAUGAAAUCAAUGUAAAAAUAAAAUGCUAUUUAAAAUUGCUAAAGUGGA